AUGCUAAAAAGAGAUAAGAAACAAAAGGUUGACAAGAUAGUUUAAACUAAUAUGGAGGAAGAUCCAAGACAAUUCUAUUUGAUUGACACUCAAGAAGAAGUGAGUGGAUAAAUUUUAGAACGAUUAAGAUAAUAACCAAUUGUCUAAAUGAAGAAGGUACCUUUUGAUAAAGAACAUGGAAACACAAUUGAUAGUGUUCCUAUUAACAUUAAAUCACAUGUUAAAUCAGAAAACGAAUUAUACUUUGAAUUACAAUACUAAAAUCCAAACUUACUACCAUCUUAUUAUCCAUUCUAUUUUUUAAGAGAGAGAUUUCCAAAAUUGUUAAUUGAAUAUUAUAAGAAUAAUAGUGUUUUAAUAUUGAAAUGA